AUUUUUCUUUUUUUGAAGAAAAAAUUUAGAAAAAAAAUUAAAUUCUUAUAUAUAAAAUUUUGAACAAAAAUAAUACUAUUAAUGAGCUAAAAUUUUAAAAUCUAAUAACUAAUAUAAAAAGCUCCUGUUUAAGUAUAGCAAAAGUAGCUAAAAUAUCUAGUUGAAUUAAAAGUUGUUACAUGGAAUAAAGAUUCUCAUGGAUUAUUUGAUUAUGAAAGCAAAUAAGUUGAUUUAAAGUACUUAAAAGUGGAAUCAUCAUGUGAAAUAUAUGCGUUAAAAAACUAGCCUGUUGCCGAACAAUAAUAGUUAGAUAAAGAAGAUCUCGUAAUAAUAAAUUAACCAAUUAUUAGUAACAAUAUUCGUAAUUUGAAUAAUCAAAAUGCAUUGUUUUUAGCAGCUAUUGAUAUUAAUUAAAAUAGUUAAAGAGCAUUAACUUUUGAAUUAAAUCCUACAAAAGAUAGUUUAAGAACAUUAAAUUCAUAAAAUUAACUUGAACCUUAUUUGAUUGUUAGAAGCUUAAAAAAUCAUUAAAAUGUUCAAAAAGGAUAUACACUAUAAGCAGGUGAUAUAGUCAAAUUUGGAAGAAUAGAGUAUUAAAUUAUGUAAAUAAAGAAUAAUUAAAAUUAAAUAUUUAAAGUUGACACAUAAUAAUUUAUGCAUAUCCAGUAAAAUGAUAAUCUUUAAAAUUCAAAUGCAGAGCAUGCUAAAAUUUGCAAAAUUUGCCUAAGUGAUGAUCAAAGUGAAGAAAACUUUUUAAUUAAUCCUUGUAAUUGUAAAGGAUCUUGUGAAUUUGUCCAUUUCGAGUGUUUAAAGGGAUGGAUUAAUUCAAAACUAAAGGUUAGAAAACUCGAUAAUGUUUAAAUUAUAAGUUGGAAAAAAAGCGAUUGUGAAAUUUGCAAAACUUAAUUACCAAAACAUAUUAAAUAUAAAAAUUAAAUUAAGGAUUUAAUAUAAAUUGAUAUUCCAGAAAAACCUCAUAUUAUAUUUGAAUCAUUAGAAAAAGAUAAAAAAGUUUUUAAAAAUCUAUUCAUUUUUUAUACUGAUGAAAAUGAAAAAGAAAUAAAAAUUGGAAGGGGACAUUCUUCUGAAGUUAGAAUUUCUGAUAUUUCAGUAAGUAGAACACAUUCAAUGAUUAAAUAUAUAAACAAUCAAUUUUUAAUAAUUGAUAAUAAUAGUAAAUUUGGCACCUUAAUAAAACUUAAAAACAAUAUUGAAAUAAAUCAAGAAAAAAAAGCUGUUUAAAUAGGAAGAACUGUAAUUACUUUUGUAUUAAAAAAUGUAUGUGGAACUUAUUAAAGUUAAGGAAAUUUAAUACAAAAUCAUUAAGAGACAAUAUUACAAAGAUAGAAAUAAAAUGUAAAUAAUGUAAUUAUUACUAAUACUAACAAUAAUAUCAACCUUAAUAAUAUAUAUGUUAAUAUUAAUAAUAACUUUAAUAAUAUAGAUAAAUUUGAUAUGUAUAAUAUCUAAGCACCUUUAUAAUAAAAUAAUAAUUAAUAAAAUUAAAAUAUCUAAAAUAUUGACAAUAUUAUUUAAUAAAGAAUACUUGAAAUAUAGCAACCUUUAUUAAUUGAAUAAAAUUAGAUUUAGAACAAUAAAAAUAAUUAAAAAAAUGGGCAAAAUUAACAAAAUGAUUAAUGA